CCCCCGCCUCCCUCUCCCCCAGUUGUCUCUAGCUCCUGGAGCUCCCCUGAUGGUGGGUUCUGGGCGGCACCGGGAGGCCCCGCCCCCAAACCCGUCCCUUCAAGAAGAGCGCGCCGGCCACCCUCCCCACAGUCCUGGAUACGCGCACGACCAAAGCUCCUACGGAUGGACGCAAGCGCCACCGCAGGCGGGAAGCCCAAGUCCGCGGGCAUGGACCUGUGCGUCCUCUACGAGAAGCUCCUGUCCCUGAGUCCGGACCUGGCACGGGCGGCCCGCGGGGAGCUGGAGUCCGAGCUGGGCUGGGGCUCCCGAAGCCCCUGGAGUCCCAGCCUCGCCGACCUGGAGGCGCCCUCCCCCCCGCGGGCCUCGGCUCCCUUGGCCCCUCGGCUCCCCGGCCGCUCUACCAGCCUGGUGGAGAGUCGCGCCUGGGUCCCCCCGCCGCCCGGCUUUGAGCCCCUGCCGCCCAGGGCCGCGCCGGCCGCCAGCGCCGCGCCCUCGGAAGGCGCGCCCGGCUCCGGCUCCCCGGCCGCGGCGGCCUCCUCGUCCAGAUACAAGACGGAGCUGUGCCGGACCUUCUCGGAGAGCGGCAAAUGCCGCUACGGCUCCAAGUGCCAGUUCGCCCACGGGCUCGAAGAGCUGCGGCCCGCCAGCCGCCACCCCAAGUACAAGACGGAGCUGUGCCGCAAGUUCUUGCUCCUGGGCGCCUGUCCGUAUGGGACCCGCUGCCAUUUCAUCCACACCCCUUACGACGUCCUGUCGGCGGGGUCGGCUCACCCUCCCCUGCUCCGGCAGAGCCUCAGCUUCUCCGGGAUGCCCUCCGCCCGGCGCCGGGGCUCCCCCACCCUGAGCCCUCCGGGGCUGCCGGACCUGCCUUCCCCCCUGGGCUUCUUCUCCCCUCCUUCCUCCCCGCCCCCGCUGGUCACCACCCCCGGGGAGGUCCCUUUCUCCCCCUCGGCCUUCUCGGCCGCCCCCGGCCCAGUGCCCCGGGGAGCCACGGCCGGAGAAGCCUGCUGCCCCUCCUGCCGCCAGACCACGGGCGUCUGGGGGCCCGCAAGGGAUGCCCUGGGGCUGAGCCUGGGGCUGGGGCUGGCCCGGAGCCCUUCUGCUCACUCCCUGGGCUCCGAGCCCGACGACCAGGCCAGCAGCGGGGGAAGCAGCCUCGGGGGGUCGGAUUCCCCAGUGUUCGAGGUGGCAGUGGGGGGCGCCUUCGCCCCCUCUAGCUCUCAGCUCCUGACCCCGGUGACCCCCCGGCGACUCCCCAUCUUCAAUCGGCUGUCGGUGUCCGACUGAAGGCCCCUGGGCCUCCAAACUUGGUAGCCACGGGCUUCAGGAAUUUCCUCCCCCCUUGCCACUUGUGCCCAGACGCGGAGGUCUCUCACCUGCUUAGUCCCCAGAGCAUUAACCCAGUGUCUAGACUCCCCGGGGCAGGUUCCCCGUGCGGAGCAAAAGCCCUCACCAAGGUGUUCUGGGGGUGGUUUUCUUUCUUUUUUAAUGUAGCAUACUGAAACGACCUAGAUAUGGACAGCGUGUCCCAAAAGUCUUGAUGCAGUUGUAAGCAUUAUUAGGUUAAGAUUGUACUGUCUUUGAGGCACCCUGUUAUGGGGGGGGGGUGGUCGGGAUAAAAUUCUCCCCCCCCUUUUCUUCAUGCUGUGAACAGGCUUCCCCAAGUCUCCCCUGGAUGGGGUUCUCCCCAAUCCUGGUGCUCAAACCCCACCUAACCAGACCAAAUCCAAGUUUCCCCGCCUCACCUCGGAGCCCCUUUAUUUAUGGUGACGACGUUAUUUAUUCCGAUGGGUUUUAUAGUAUUUAUAUAUGCAGUCGUCCCUUCUCCCUUUUGUUUAAUAUUGGGAGAUUGCUGCCACUAUAAUAUAUAUUUGAAAUAUAUUAAAUAUAUGUAUAUAUAUAUAUUGUUAGCUAAACAAAAAGGAAAUCUAUUUUUGUUUUUGGUGGAGUUUUUUUUUAAUUAAAACUAAUACAAUACACAAAAGAGGAA